AUGUUGUACAGGUUGAAACCAUCUUCCAAAUGCUCCAGUUCCAUUACAUUGUCUUUCAAAAGUGAAGUUGAUCCUAAUGGGAUCAACUGGAAAGGUGUUUCACAAGAUGUCAAAGAUGGUUAUUUUGGAGAAUUCAAGCAAGCAGCUAUUUUCCAGAACUGCAACAUACUGCCCAAGAAACCAAUAGUUGCUGUUUUCCAGAACUGCAGCAGCUAUUUUCUACAUCAAGCAGUUGCUGCAGUUUCUCUUGUUUUUCCUCUUUGUUUUGCAACAAUUCUUUCCUUAUACUCUCUUCUUUUUCCUCAUUAUUUUGUUGUUAUACCAAUAUGUUUGGCUCUUAAAAUAGGUCGAGAUCCAAAUCCAAGUGAGUUACAUUUGCACGUCCAUACACAUAAUCAUGAUGAAAAAUCUUUUGUUGGUGAGCGUUCCCGACUUCUACAUGAAAGGUAUGAAGAAAUUAUACGGGAAAAAGUACAAUGUGAAUCUGAAGUAGAUCAAUUGGAGACAUAUUAUGAAGCUGCGGGAGGAGUAAAGAAGAAAAGAUUGUUUGGUCUUGGAUCUGAAGCUACAAGUUACUUAAGAAAAAAACUGUGUGCCUGCAAUGCUUCCACAUCAUCAGUACCACCUUCGAUUUCUUUACCGACAGCAAAUAUGGAGGAGUUGGUGAAGCAAUUGAUUCCGGCCCUUACUACUCAUUUUCUUCCGAUAUUUAUUGAGCGUGUUGGUGGUACUAGGGUACAAGAUGGGGCCGUGCUUGAUCCUCCUCCUACUCAUGAUGAUGAUGACGACGUUGAUUCGUAG